UUUAGUAGCUUCUAGCUCAUGUAUAUAUAUAUGUAUCAUUAUUCACUAUAAUCAAUUAAUGAGAAUAAUUCAAUUCAUCCAUUUCUCUCUUCUUCUCUAAAUUCUUUGUUCUGUACUUUACUUCCGCUUCUGUAACUACUGUAAUUUUGUAUUCUUUGUAUGAUCAAUGAGUUCAUACACUUGAACUCAUAAUAUUCUUCAUGGUAUCAUAGCAAUACUGGAACAAUCCAGUAGAUUACGAUCCGUUCUUGGCUACAUGCUCAAGUUCUUGACAGUUAUUUGGACUGUCAAUCAAUUUCUGGUUUUUUCUUUCUCUGAAAGUCGGUGUUUGAUAAAAUACUUUCAUGGCUGCAGCUGCCAGUUCUGAGACUAACAAUGGACAUUCUGCACCAUUCAAUGUUCAUUCAUCUCAACCCUCAGUUACUACAAUUGAUCAUAAUCAUCCUUUGUUUUUGUCAACUAUUGAUGAUCUCUCCACUGGCAAGGUGAAGAUGAUUAGUACAGAGAGUCAUGGUCUAUACUUCUUAAUGAAUCAAAGGCUACCAGGAAGCAAGGAAGCUGAAACUAGUUCUAAUUUUACUGUUAAGACAGUUUCGAAUAGAGAAGAUUUUAUUCUUUGGAUAAAAGAUUAGGCCAUGCAUCUAGCAAAAAUGUUCUCAUACUAAUUCGUGAUACUAAGAUAGAUGUAGUGAACACUUUGAAUAAAUGUAGAAUUUUUCCUUGUGCUAAGAAAUCAAGACUUCCUUUUCCAAAAAGCUUGUCUAUAAGUAAUAAUGCUUUUGAUUUAAUUCACAUGUAUGUGUGGGGGCCGUAUAAGGUUCCUACUUAUGAUGGGCAUAAAUGUUUUCUAACUGUUGUUGAUGAUUAUUCUAGAAUGACUUGGGUAUUCUUACUUAAGCUAAAGUCGGAUAUUAUUGUAGUUCUUAAGCAGUUCAUUGCUCAUACUCAUACUUAGUAUAAUGCUAGAGUUAAGAUUGUAAGUGACAAUGGAACUGAGUUUGUGAACCAAUCAAUGACAGAAUUGUUUCACACACUUGGCAUUGUCCAUCAAAGAUCUUAUCCAUACACACCUCAAUAAGAUGGAAUAGUUGAAACAAAACACAGACAUAUCCUUGAAAUAAUUAUAGCUAUCAGGUUUCAAGCUAAUAUUCCAUUAAAAUACUGGUGUAUAUGUGUACAAACUGUUGUUUAUCUCCUUAAUAGGCUUCCUUCUUCAAUUCUUAAUGGUGUUUCCUCUUAUGAAAACCUGCAUGGUAGACAACUAUCUUUACAACACUUAAAAGUAAUUGGCUGUUUGUGCUAUGCCAAAGUGUUAAAUAUGUCUGAUAAGCUUAUGCCUAAGACUAAGAUGUCAAUAUUAAUGGGAUACUCUGAUAUCCAAAAAGGAUAUAUCUUAUUUGAUCUCAUUGAUAAGGUUUUUUUUGUGCAUAGGGAUGUGUCCUUCAGGGAAUAUAUCUUCCCAUUCAAGUUAAAUUCUAUGUCUUCAACACAAAACCUGUUCACAACAUCUGCUCCACUGGACAUAUAUGAUAAUGAGAGUGAACUUCACUUCACUCUAUCUGCAUUACCAUCCACCUCAGAAUCAGAGUUGAUCAAUAAUAUUCCAUCAGUGGAGGUUGAUCCCAUUGAGGAGGAGCAAUCUGCAGAAAAUACUAUCAUACCUAUACAACCAGCUGUUGUUCUAACUAUCUCCAGAAGAUCUACUAGAACCACUCAUCCUCCUAGAUGGAUGAAGGACUUUGUGUCCAUAUACAAUGUUCCGUAUACAUUGUCUAACUACCUGGAUUAUGAUGCUUUACAUCCUAACUAUCAGAGUUUUUUAGCAUCUUCUUCUACUAACACUGAACCUACAUCUUAUGCUGAAGCUAUUCAAGAUCCUAGAUGGAUAGCAGCAAUGCAAACUGAGAUUGAAGCCUUGGAAACUAAUCAGACACAUGGAAGGUUGUUAACUUACCACCAGGAAAGACACAUAUUGUUUGUAAGUGGAUAUACAAAAUCAAGUACAAGGCCACAGGUGAAAUAGAAUGGUUCAACGCAAGACUUAUUUCCAAGGGAAAUAGUCAAAAGAAAGGAAUUGACUAUCAAGAAACAUUUAGUCCUGUUGUUAAAAUGGUAACUCUGAGGACAGUCUUAUCAAUUGCUACAUCUAAAGGAUGGAACAUCCAUCAAAUAGAUGUCUUCAAUGCCUUUAUACAAGGUGAUCUACAUGAUGGAAUUUACAUAGAAUUGCCACAAGGUUUCAAGAGCCAGGAGUAAGACAAGUGUGCAGACUCUUUAAAUCCUUAUAUGGGUUAAAGCAAGCCCCUAGACAAUGGAAUGCUAAACUCUCGGAGGCUCUUAUCAAAUAUGGUUUUACUUAAAGAUAAUAUGAUCAUUCUUUAUUAGCAGAAAGACAAAUUCAGGUAUGAUAUUCUUGUGACUGGAGAUGAUUUACAGUAGAUAAUAGACACUAAAGAAGCACUACACAAAGAUUUUAAGAUCAAAGACUUGGGAGAUUUAAAGUAUUUUUUAGGAAUUGAAUCUGCAAGAUCAAAAAAAGGAAUAUUUAUGAAUUAAAGAAAGUAUGUUUUAGAACUGUUAGCUGACACAGGUCUUACUUCUGCAAAACCAACUAAUACUCCAAUAGACUCUACAAUCAGGCUAACAACUAUGGAAUAUGAUCAUCACAAUAAGGAAAUAGUUGAUACACAAUAUGUGAUACUUGUAGAUAAAGGGUCGUAUCAAAGACUUAUAGGGAAAUUUUUAUACCUAAUUAUUACUAGGCCUGACAUCUCUUAUAGUGUUCAAAUUUUGAGUCAGUUCCUACAAUCACCAAAGAAGUCACACAUGGAUGCUACCUUAAGAAUAGUUAGAUAUAUCAAAGGAAGUCCAGGAUCAGGUUUUUUACUAUCAAGCAACAAAUGUGACACUCUAAAAACACAUUGUGAUGCAGGCCACAUGUCCCUUCUCAAGAAGGUUCAUUACUGGUUUUUCUAUUAAACUUGGUGAUUUUUUGGUAUCUUGGAAAUCAAAGAAACAAGUAACUAUAUCCAGGAUCUCUGCAGAGGCUGAAUACAGGAGUCUUGCCUCAACAGUAGUUAAACUAACUUGGUUAAUUGGACUAGUCACAAAUCUUAGAAUUCAUGUUAAGUUACUAGUUAGUAUUCUUUGUGAUAGCAAAGUUUCUAUAUAAAUGGUUGUCAAUCCAUUCCAUCAGGAAAGAACAAGGCUCGUUGAGAUUGAUUGCCACUUCGUGAGGGAAAAAAUUCUACAAGUCCAAGUCAAGACUGAAUACAUUCCUUCUCAAGAUCAACUCACCAAAGGACUAACUAGGAUUCAACAUGAGCACUUACCUUCCAAACAUGGGAUGAUAAACAUCUUUAUCCCCCCAAGUUUGAGUAGGAGUGUUGAGGAACAAAAUAAAGGAAAUAAGUUAAGUUGACAAAGUUAGUGUUGGGUUUAAUUGAUGUGAAUAGAAAAUGGAGGGACACAACCUUUGAGGGAAAGACAUAUUGUUUUGGAAAAGGAGUGACUGUUAAGAAAAAGACACAAUGUUUCAAAUGAACAGACAUGACUCUGCCAAAGGAUACACCUUUUCAGAACCAUAGCCACCUUUUGGAAAGGGCACUUGAUGGCUAUAUAAACCUGUAUUUAUCCACAGGUUUAGGUAAAAAAAAAUUCUGCCAAAAACUCUUCUUGUUUGCUGAAAAUAUACUCCGUGUGAUCAUCUAAUUGUUGAGUGAGUUUGAAGAGAAUCCGAUCUUUUGAGGUACUACAGUCGGAUUGUUAGGCCAUUUUAUCCUAGGAGGAAAAUUCUGCAACCCCGGGUACUUGAGGGGAAUUAUUUCCUUAGGGACACUACGUGA